AUGACCGAGGCACCGGCAACUGGUGGAACAACAUUAACUGCAACCUCUAUGCAAACACCAGGAGCAGAAAACAAAACAACUCUUGCACAGUCUAUUCCAACCAUAACCGAGGCACCGGCAACUGGUGGAACAACAUUAACUGCAACCUCUAUGCAAACACCAGGAACAGAAAACAAAACAAUUCUUGCACAGUCUAUUCCAACCAUAACCGAGGCACCGGCAACUGGUGGAACAACAUUAACUGCAACCUCUAUGCAAACACCAGGAACAGAAAACAAAACAACAUCUUGCACAGUCUAUUCCAACCAUAACCGAGGCACCGGCAACUGGUGGAACAACAUUAACUGCAACCUCUAUGCAAACACAAGGAACAGAAAACAAAACAAUUCUUGCCGACAGGUCUAUUCCAACCAUAACCGAGGCACCGGCAACCAUAAAAGGGAACAACGGUUAACUUUACCAACCUCUAUGCAAACACCAGGAACAGAAAACAAAACAAUUCUUGCACAGUCUAUUCCAACCAUAACCGAGGCACCGGCAACUGGUGGAACAACAUUAACUGCAACCUCUAUGCAAACACCAGGAACAAAACAAAACCGUUCUUGA